AAAUGUUGGUAACACUGUUUUCGAAAAUGUAAACAAUUCAUUUUUUUCUAAUAAAUAAAAAAAGCUCUGCUUCGUCAGCUGACUCUCUUAACUUUGUCCCCGGAAAAACCUCAUCUUUUGCCUUCUUCCUCUGUAUGGGCCAACAAACCAAAACCGUUCCUUUCUUUUUCCAUUUUUCUUGUUUUGCUUUUGGUUGUGUUUCACCUGUUAUCGGUUCUUUAGUUCUUCUGGGUAAAUUAUAAUUUUUUUUUUUUGAAACAAGAAGAUGAUUCGCCAUGGAUGCAAGCUUUGAUGAUGUUUCUUGCUGACACCAACAAACAAAGACACGAUUUUUUCAAAGCUUAGGACCUGCAUUUUCACCGUAACUCCCUCUCUGUUUUUUUUCUCUCGAUUUAUUCAAUCUUACAGAAAAAUGUCGAAUCUUUCAGCAAGAACAGGACGAGACCAUCAACGUUAUGACAACAACUUCCGUCUUGUUUCUGGAUGCAUUCCGUAUAGGCUGGUGAAAGAUGAAGAAGAGGACUCAACAAGUGUUGACUUUGAAAACAAGCUUCAAGUUCUUAUGAUUUCAUCUCCCAAUCGACACGAUCUUGUCUUCCCUAAGGGAGGAUGGGAAGAUGAUGAAACUGUUCUUGAAGCUGCUUCUCGUGAAGCUAUGGAAGAAGCAGGAGUUAAAGGAAUACUAAGAGAAGAUCCAUUAGGAGUUUGGGAAUUUAGAAGCAAGAGUAGUAGUUUGGAAGCUGAUUGCUGCUUAGGUGGUGGAUGCAAAGGUUAUAUGUUUGCGUUAGAGGUUAAGGAAGAACUUGCUACAUGGCCAGAGCAAGAUAACCGCGAGAGGAGAUGGCUGAAUGUUAAAGAAGCUUUGGAACUGUGUCGGUAUGAGUGGAUGCAGAGCGCUCUUGAAGAGUUUCUAAGAGUAAUGGCAGAAGAAGGAACCACAAAGGAAGACUCUCUUUCCAUUUCCAGCAUUUCAAAUCGAGGAGAGCGUCAAAUUGAUCCUUGGUACUGCUUUGUAGUCUAACUAGUUUGGUUUCUCUAGGCAUAUCAAACUUGUCAAUUGUUAUAUAUUCAUCUUGAAAGACUUCUUCUGUAAACAAAGUUGAGAAGCAAAUGAUUUCAGACCUUGUGAUUAAUUGGUUUCUCAAAAGUAAAAAGAUAAUUCAGAGGAUCCA